AUGAUUCUCCGCAAACUGGAGGGACUAAUUACUUCUAGACUGUCAACUAGUGUAUAUCUUGUUUUCGAGUACACGGAACAUGAUAUUGCUGGUUUAUCAUCUUGUCCUGACAUCAAGUUCAGUGAAUCACAGGUUAAAUGCUGUAUGCAUCAACUACUAUCUGGCCUUGAACACUGUCAUUCAAGAGGUAUAAUGCACAAAGAUAUCAAGGGAUCCAACCUUCUUGUUAGUGAUGAUGGAUCUCUGAAGAUAGCUGAUUUUGGCCUGGCAAAUUUUGUUAGUGUCGGGCACAUUCAACCAUUAACUAGUCGAGUUGUUACUUUAUGGGUUCAGGUUGCUGAUGUGGUUGAUUGGGUCUGUGGUGUUGAAUACCAACUCGCAGAUGGAAGGAAAUGGAGUAUGAUAGGAGCAGUUGUUGUUGCUUAA